GUAGGUGGAGCGAAGAAUGUGACACUCACGUAGAAUGCGCUCGCCUCAACUCUACUUGAUCGAACGUCAGUUUACUUCAGACUUUAGCUGCAGCGAAAUGGAUUCUACGUGUCGGACAAAUAAUAAUAGUAAUAAUAAUAAUAAUAAAGGCAACUGGACUUCAAAUCUUACCAUCACCUACAACUCAUUAAUGCGAAAUCGGUAUGCUGUGGAGUACAACAUGCAACACAAAAAUCGUGGAACGGCCAUCAUCUUCAAUCAUAUGGAUUUCGAUGCCAAACUAAAUUUAAAGCCCCGAAACGGAACAGAAGUGGACUGUGCCAGAUUGCAGAGUGUCUUAAAGCAACUCCACUUUGAUGUUCAUUCAUACGAUGAUCCUUGUCACACGAAAAUUGUUGAAGCAGUUGCGAAAUUAGCUUCGCAAAAUCAUGAAGAUAGCGAUUGCAUCCUAAUUGCGAUUUUAUCGCACGGAGAAAAGGGCCUUAUCUAUGCACGCGACGUUCAGUAUAAGUUGCAGGAUCUUUGUGAGUUCUUCUUACCCAGCAAGUGUCCAAGCUUAGCCGGCAAGCCAAAGCUCUUCAUUGUGCAAGCCUGUCAGGGGCACAGCUUCGAUCCAGGUGUACGAGUUGCAACAGAGAGCUUGUCCUCCAAUCACUACACGAUUCCAAUACAUGCGGACUUCUUGAUUGCCCAGGCCACAAUUCAAGGCUUUGUCUCCUGGCGCAACCCCAAAUUUGGUUCUUGGUUUAUACAAAGUCUAUGCACCGAACUUGAGGAAAAAGGCAAAGAUUGCGAUCUGCUCACCUUGCUGACAUUUGUGUGCCGUCGUGUAGCCGUGGACUUCGAGGCUGGUACCUCAGAAAAGCAAAUCCCCAGUAUUACAACAAUGCUGACGCGCAAUCUCUUUUUUAGAGAUAGGCCCUAGACUUAAGUUUAGUUAAAAUAUAGAAUUUACUUACUAGAACAAAAUAUAAACAUAUAUUUUCAAAUAAACAGCGACUUUGUCGUUAUACGAUGUGUCACCUCUAAUACUGUUAAAAUAACAGCUGUGCUCUGUUACUGCAAUAUCUGCUAACAGCUGCAAGCAUUUUAAUUUAGCAUAGUUCGCAUUUUGUUUUAAUUUUUUUUAUUAAUUUUCUAUGGUAAUUGAUAAUUAUUCCUACGGACCACAAGCUUAAU